CGCUGCGUGAGGACAGUUCUACCGGAGAUUUCCUUCUGAAGUUGCUUUCAGCAGCGCGGAAGAAGGCAAGAUGAAGGCUGGCGUAGUAGUAACGUCACGGCGGAACAGGCCGUUCGACAGUACUAAGGUGUACUGUCCAAGACGGGGACAGAGUAACCAGGCAGAUGAAGUGAUCUUCAACCCACUAUUGAAGUUGCGACUUGAUGCGGCGGAAAUACCGGUGGUGUUUCCGGGAGCGGUACUGUUCGUGAUUUGUGAAUUUUGUUUUGGUAGCUGCUAGCUCCUGAAAUCUGAACUAGUACCAAAUACUUUCUUACUUUUACCAUGCAUCAAUGAUUGAAAUUCAUCCCAUCUUCACCUCUGCCACCACCAUCCAACAGGAGCUAACCGGUCAGAUAGUUUUGUUGCGAGACAUGCAUCAGGACUUGGAGAGACUAGAAAUGACUCUUACGGGAAGAGCCAUUGCGAAGUGGUGGGCUGACGGCCAAGUUUAUUUUGGCAGAGAAAAAUUCAUCAAAGAAAAAUUCGUCGUUUGGCAAACUGACAGUACUGCUGACUUCUUUACUAGAUUCUUUGAGUGUGUUUAGUGGACUAGAAAUAGAGACUGGAAAUGAUUUUACACCAAGUUGAUUCUUUGGAAGUAACUAGUUCAGUAGGGUGUAGCUUCACUGUAAUUUUUCGCAUGCUAAGAAUCAGGAAAUAUAAAAUUCCACAACGAAGAACAACCAUCCAUAAUUCAAACACUCACCUCAACAGGAGCUGAAGGCGAAGAGACUCCACCCCAUAUGAAACCCACGAUGACAUCUGGCGGCUUACCGAUUUAUCAAACGGCCGGUCGCGAAUGGCCGUUUAGCAUUAAGUGGCCCUUGAAAGAGUUCUACCCACCGAGCACUACCCCAGACGGCAUAUGGCGAGACAAGGCAUUCGAUAAAUGCGCAGGCGUGUUUUACAAGGUAACUACUUUAAACGGGAUUGCUGGAAUCUUGGAAUUUGGUAGAAUGGUAGAUGAACUCCAGUCAUCAUAAUAUAGGUCAUCAUGAUGCUAGUGGAUUUGGUUGCUAGACACCAGAAUCGACUACGUCCGGAAGGAUCAAACAACACAGUCUCAAAUACAGCGACUAUAAAUCCAACAUCACCUCACCUUCCGCCCAUAGGUCAAAGCCAAGCUGUUCGUGAGGCAAUCAGCAGACGUGUUGGUCCCGCAUUAUAUGAAGACGAAUAUUUUCUUCCCCUGUCGCGGAACAGCCAACGUGUACUAUUCACCUUUGCACCUGCAGGAGAUUGCUAGAGGGAUUAUAACCGGCGAAGCCAGAGGUCUACG